CUAAACCCGAACACCUCUCCUUCUUCCAUCUUUCUCUCUCAACUUCAAAAACUUAUUUCUCUAAAACACAAACACUUCUUUCAAAUUCCUAUUUUCUACACAUUUCUCCAAUUUGAUUUCCGACGAUGUUACUAGAAUCAGACGGCGACAUGAGCUUAGAAACAACAAACUCACCAAUUAGCAGCGGAACAGAGAGCUGCAGCAGUUUCAGCCGGCUAUCUUUCGACGCGCCGCCGUCAACCACCGUGAAAGUCCCCGAGGAAGAGAGCUGCCUCUCUCUCAAACCUCACCGAUCCUCAGACUUCGCUUACACAGAGAUCCGACGAAGGCGGAAACACGGCCUAACGUUCAGAGACUUUCGCCUCAUGCGUCGCAUCGGCGCCGGAGAUAUCGGAACCGUUUACCUAUGCCGUCUCGCCGGAGACCAGGAGGAGAGCCGGAGCUCGUAUUUCGCCAUGAAAGUUGUGGAUAAAGAAGCGCUCGCGAUGAAGAAGAAGGUGCACAGAGCAGAGAUGGAGAAGAAGAUCUUGAAGAUGCUCGACCAUCCGUUUUUGCCGACUCUUUACGCCGAGUUUGAAGCUUCGCAUUUCUCUUGCAUCGUCAUGGAGUAUUGCUCCGGUGGAGACUUGCAUUCUCUCCGUCACAAACAGCCUCACCACAGAUUCUCCCUCUCCUCCGCCAGAUUUUACGCGGCUGAAGUUCUAGUGGCGUUAGAAUAUCUACACAUGUUGGGCAUCGUCUACAGAGACCUCAAGCCUGAAAAUAUCUUAGUUAAAUCCGACGGUCACAUCAUGCUCUCUGACUUUGACCUCUCCUUAUGCUCCGACUCAAUCGCCGCCGUUGAGUCCUCCUCAUCCACGCCGGACCAUCAACCACACUCUUCUUCCCCGCGUCGACUCACUCGUCUCGCCAAGCUUUUCAACCGCGUCUUACGGUCCAAAAAGAUUCGAACGCUAGAACCGAACCGUCUCUUUGUGGCUGAACCGGUUACCGCCCGGUCCGGUUCCUUCGUUGGAACUCAUGAGUACGUGGCACCAGAAGUCGCCUCGGGUGGGUCCCAUGGAAACGCAGUUGACUGGUGGGCCUUCGGAGUAUUCUUGUACGAGAUAAUAUACGGUCGGACACCGUUCGCCGCGCCGAGUAAUGACGUCAUCCUACGUAACAUAGUGAAAAGACCUUUGAGUUUUCCGACGGAUUCUCCGGCGACGAUGUUUGAGCUUCACGCGCGGAGUUUGAUCUCCGGGUUGCUUAACAAGGAUCCGAGUAAACGGCUCGGGUCACGGCGAGGUGCGGCGGAGGUUAAAGUGCAUCCGUUUUUCAAAGGCCUAAAUUUUGCGCUUAUCCGUACGAUGACUCCGCCUGAGAUUCCCUCCGACGUCAGAAGACCGAAGAAGUCGGCGACGUUUAGUGGUAGGAGUAGUUGCAAACCAGCGGCGUUCGAUUUCUUUUGAAAAAACAACGUUAGAGAUUAGCGUUAGCAUCACGUGUUAGUCGGUUCAAGUCGGUGCCAGGUUUUUAGCGACUGCCUUGUGCUGUUUUAGCUGUACAUAUUCCCUUAAUGAUGUCCUUAAUUUCUUUUAAAAAUCGUUUAUCUGAGUUUCAAUAUUUUAAAUCAGAUAAGUUCUCACGCGAUUUAUAUAACAAAUUUGAUAAAUCUAGAUUAAUAUAUUCAUAGCUAUUAAAUCUUAGGGAGCUGGGAACAUCUUAGCAUCGUAACAUGAUGUAUUGAUGUCUAAUUAACGACAGUUUAUCGGUAUAGCAUUAUAUUAUUGACCAUUUUGUCAACAUAUCUUACCGGCAUGAUUAAAAUUUACAUCGCAAUACUUUAUAUUAUACAACUCGUGGCCACGCCUAAACUUUUUAGUUC